ACAGCCUAAACGUAGAACUGACGCGACGAGCUUGCAUGCUUGCGGUUACUUUUUGGGGAAAAAAACUGAAGGUGCUUUAGGAUUAUUCUCCUCCAUCUCAGCAGCAUUCACAACACAGGAUGGCUCUGAACAGAUCCAUGCACCCCAGAAACAGGUACAAAGACAAGCCUCCGGAUUUCGCCUACCUGGCUUCCAAGUAUCCGGAAUUUCGCCAGCAUGUCCACACGAACCUAACAGGCCGAGUGGGGCUCAAUUUCAAGGACCCGGAGGCCGUGAGGGCUCUGACCUGCACCCUGCUGAAGGAGGAUUUCGGGCUGACCAUCGAGAUCCCCCUGGAGCGGCUCAUCCCGACCGUCCCCCUGCGCCUCAACUACAUCCACUGGGUGGAGGACCUGAUCGGGGGGGGCAGCCCACACCGAGGCAUCGACAUCGGCACAGGCGCCUCCUGUAUAUACCCCUUGCUGGGUGCGACCAUGAAUGGGUGGUACUUCCUGGCCACAGAGGUGGAUGACAUCUGCUACAACUACGCCAAGAAAAACGUGGAGCAGAACAACCUGUCUGACCUCAUCAAGGUCGUCAAGGUUCCCCAGAAGACCCUGCUGAUGGACGCGCUGAAGGAGGAGACGGCGAUAGUCUAUGAUUUCUGCAUGUGCAACCCACCCUUCUUCGCCAACCAGCUGGAGGCCAAGGGCGUGAACUCCAGGAACGCACGGAGACCCCCUCCCAGCUCCGUCAACACCGGGGGCGUGACCGAGAUCAUGGCCGAAGGGGGCGAGCUGGAGUUUGUGAAGAGGAUCAUCCAUGACAGCCUGCAGCUCAAGAGGAGACUCCGGUGGUACAGUUGCAUGCUGGGAAAGAAGUGUAGCUUGGCGCCUUUGAAGGAGGAGCUGAAGAAACAAGGGGUGCCCAAGGUGACUCACACUGAGUUCUGCCAAGGGCGGACCAUGCGCUGGGCAUUGGCCUGGAGUUUCUGUGACGAUGUCGCUGUCCCGUCUCCUCCUUCCAAGAAGCGGAAGCUGGAGAAAGCCCGCAAGCCCAUCACCUUCACUGUCCUGGGCCCCACGGUCAGAGAGCUGGCCGCCAAGGCCUCCUCUCUGGGCUCGCCAGCCAGGGGGAGCACCGACACGGUCACUGCCUGGAUCGAGAAGACCCUCGCUGACCUCCGGGUGCUGCACAAGCGCGUCCCCUGCGGGAAGUCGGAGCUGAGCCUGUUCCUCACCGCAGUGGAGAACUCCUGGAUCCACCUGCGGCAUAAGCGCAGGGACCGAGGGAGGCAGCUGAGGGAACUCCCCAGAGCACCCCUGGAGGGCGUAGGGGGGAUGGCACAGACCCCCGACAAUCCCCAGCCCGCAGCCCAAAGCACCAACAGCCAGGCCAACCCAGAGACGUCAGCCCGGGGGUCGGAGGUCAUUGGGGCCGGAAAUUCCGAAGAGGCGGGCGUCGGUACAUGCCAGGACUGCCCGCUGCCCGACAAGAACGGUUCCUCGAGUGACCGGAAGAGCAGCACAGCGGAGCAGGAAAAAGAUGCCGCUGUCGCCCAGCUGGAUGUACAGGACAGCGGGCUGGACACAGGCGCCAUCGGUGUGUCUCCCGGAGCCGCAGGAACACAGGAAGCAGCUAAUGCCAGCGUGACGGCAGGAAACAGCGGGGGGCCCAGCGGUGUGCAGCACUUCCUGUUCAAGUGUCUGAUGAACGUGAAAGAGGAAGGGGGGGACGUCACUGUGGAGAUGCACUGGGUGGAAGGACAGAACAGGGAUCUGAUGAACCAGCUGUGCACCUACCUGAAGAACCAGCUCUUCCGGCUCGUGGCUAACCCUGUGUAAGACUCCAUCCCCUCUGAAAACAGACCGUACUUUCCCUGCGUUCGCUUACAUUGUGGAACACUGGAAUGUAGCGGUUUAAAAAUCGGGUUUUACUUUCCAAAGGCCAUUUUUAAUUUCUGUGAAGUUCUUUAUUUCUGCUCACGAUGGUGUCAGUGUAAGUGUGCUGCUACCUGAGUCAGUCAGUAAGGGACAAUGGUCAUCUCAACUGGUAGACCUCUUUGCUACCAGUGACACCAUUGAACAAAUACCAGGAACUUUGUUUGCGGGGUAAAAUUGUAAUAGUUUUUGUGAGUUUUAAAGGAAUAUUUUAAUAACAAUAUUCAGUUGUCUGACAGAUGUUUUAAAUUACUUCUAAGUUGCUAUCUAAUUACAAUUUAGUACCUAUUUCUGCAUUAAUGGACCCUGGUACGUGAAUUACAGAAUGUUUCUUUGUUUCCAGUUCUGUUUGGUAUUCUAAAAGCCCUUCAAAGUGCUCCGCCAUUAUAACAUUCAUUUUAGCCAGAAAUGUCUUUGUUCGGGUUAGCACCCUCUGGGUUAAGGAGCACGCCGGUCUACAGCCUCUUUGGAAAUGAUCUGUAAAUCAAUAUUUUUUGAAGAAUUAAAAUUCCUAUUGUUUGCCUUUU